AUGAAUUUUGCGUUACCGAACAAAGCGGGAGAGUGUGAUUACAUAGAAUGGAAUCAAUCAGGAUCAUUCGGAACGAAAAAGUAUCGAAAUUACAUGAUGACGUCAUUAUGGGUUCUUUUCGUAUUUUUAUCUUUUUCGACAGGGUCGGCAUUAGGUAGCGAGGAAUCUGUGUUGCCUCACCCUUGUGACAAUAAUAUUUAUUGUUAUGGUGAAUUAUUGCACACCGUACAAAUGGCUCACCUUUAUCCAGAUUCGAAAACUUUCGUCGACAUGAAAUUGAAGUUUUCGUCGAACGAAACUCUUUAUCAGUUCAAAUUAUUUUUAGAAAAAACAAAUAACGAACCCACACCGAGCGAUUUGGAAAAUUUCGUAACGGAUUAUUUCGAUCCGGCUGGAAAAGAAUUUGAAGAUUGGACGCCGAGCGACUGGAAAAAAAAUCCAAAAUUUUUACAAGGCAUAGAAGAUCAUAAUUACAGACGUUGGGCAAAUCAACUACACAUUUUGUGGAAUUUCCUUGGGAAAAAAAUGAAGGACGAUGUCAAAUUAAAUUCUCAUUUGUAUUCAAUUUUAUACGUGCCUUAUCCCGUCAUAGUUCCUGGAGGUAGAUUUAGAGAAUUUUAUUAUUGGGAUUCAUACUGGAUAAUAAAAGGUUUAAUAUUAUCCGAAAUGUUUGGUACCGUCAAAGGAAUGUUGGAAAAUUUUUCAUUCAUCGUCGAUGCUUACGGACACAUACCGAACGGCGGAAGAAUUUAUUAUUUGAUGAGAUCUCAUCCUCCGCUAUUUAUUCCAAUGGUGUACGAAUACCUGGAAGCGACAAAAGACGUUGAAUUUUUACACAGAAACCUUCACAUACUGGAAAAAGAAUUUAAUUACUGGAUGACAAAUCAUUCUGUAUCGGUCGAUAAAAAUGCCGUCAAUUAUACACUUUAUAGAUACAUUGAUAGAUCCCAAGGUCCUCGACCUGAAUCCUAUAGAGAAGAUUUUUUAUCCGCAUCUUUUUUUAAAACGGAAAAAGAAAAACAGGAAUAUUAUUCGGAAUUGAAAGCAGCUGCCGAGACUGGAUGGGAUUUUUCUAGUCGUUGGUUUAUCAAAAACGGUACAAACAAAGGAAAUUUAACCGAUACGAAAACCAAAUACAUCGUACCUGUGGAUUUGAAUUCAAUUUUGUACUGGAACGCCAAAUUAUUAUGUUACUUUUCCAAAAUGGUGGGAAACAUUACCAAAGCAAAUUAUUACGAAUCCAAAGCGUCGGAGAUUUUAAAAGCAGUGACCGAGGUAUUGUGGGUCGACGAAGUCGGUGCGUGGUUGGAUUACGAUUUGAUAAACGAAAAAGAAAGAGAUUAUUUUUUUCCGACCAACAUGGCUCCUCUAUGGACGGGUUGCUACGACGAAUCGAAAAAGGAAUACAUAGUCGGAAAAGUUAUGAAAUACAUUCAACAAAAACAAAUAAUGGUCACGUUUUUGGGAGGCGUGCCAACAACGUUCGAUCACACAAACGAACAGUGGGAUUACCCGAACGCAUGGCCUCCCCUACAGCACAUUGUCGUGAAAGGUUUGAUGAACACGGGAGACGAAUGGGCACAAGAAUUGGCAUACGAAAUCGCAAGCAGAUGGGUUAAAUCAAAUUUCGUGGCGUACAACGAAACGGGUCACAUGUACGAAAAAUACGACGCAACCGUCGUCGGUGGUCACGGAUCGGGUGGUGAAUACGACGUUCAAUUGGGAUUCGGAUGGACGAACGGAGUCGUCAUGGAUUUGCUGCACAUUUUCGGAAAAAGACUGUCGUCGAACGAAAAUGAUUUUUCAUCGUCUUUGUUGCUUUCUCAUUCGGAGGAAGACGAGAACAAAAUGGCGAGAGUAUCUGCUGCUGCCACGGCAAACGAUUUGACGUUGCCUCUCGUUAUAACAGCCGUAAUAUUCCUCGGAAUUUUUACCGGAGGCUGCAUUUGGUGA